CAUCUGGAGUUAUCUGAACAUCCACACUCUCCUGUCUCUCUGCUCACCAUGGCUUUCAUCCCGGUAGACCCAGACUCUGAUUUUCCCAUCCAGAAUUUGCCGUACGGGAUUUUCUCUACAGAAGAUGAGCCAAAACAUAGGAUAGGUGUGGCUAUUGGGGAGCAAAUUCUGGAUCUGAGUGUCAUCAGCCACCUAUUUAAUGGCCCUUACUUGUCGGGAAAACAAGCCGUAUUUCACGAGCCAACCCUCAACGGUUUUAUGGCCCUUGGGCGCAAUGCGUGGAGAGAGGCUCGGCAAACCCUUCAACAGCUGCUAUCAGCAAUGGAGCCCACCCUCAGAGACAGCAGGGAGCUGCGUGCCCGAGCAUUUGUUCUACAGUCAACGGCGAAGCUUCAUAUGCCAGCAGAUAUUGGGGAUUACACCGACUUCUAUUCCUCUAGGGAUCACGCUACAAAUGUGGGGAUUAUGUUUAGAGGGAAGGAGAACCCGCUGAUGCCGAACUGGUUACAUCUACCGGUUGGUUAUCAUGGACGGGCAUCAUCUGUCGUGGUUUCCGGUACUCCAAUUAAAAGACCAAAGGGACAAAUAAGGCCAAGUGAUGAUAAACCACCAAUAUUUGAUGCUAGCAAACUCUUGGAUAUAGAGCUAGAAAUGGCUUUCUUUGUGGGCCCUGGAAAUGAUUUGGGAAAACCUAUUCCCAUUCAGGAAGCUGAUGAGCACAUCUUUGGCAUGGUACUCAUGAAUGACUGGAGCGCCAGAGAUAUCCAAAAAUGGGAAUAUGUUCCUCUUGGUCCUUUCUUGAGCAAAAAUUUUGCAACUACUAUAUCGCCAUGGGUUGUACCUAUGGAGGCCCUUAUGCCUUUUGUGCUACCAAAUCCAGUGCAGGAUCCAGUGCCACUGCCAUAUCUUCAGGACAAGAGUAAUUACACAUUCAAUAUUAACUUGUCUGUCUGCCUUCAAGGGAAUGGGAUGAAGGAGCCAGCAACUCUAUGCAGCUCUAACUUCAAAUACAUGUAUUGGACUAUGAAGCAGCAGUUGGCUCAUCACACUGUGACAGGCUGCAAUGUUCGCCCUGGAGAUCUUUUAGGUUCUGGAACUAUAAGUGGACCGGAUCCUGAAAGUUUUGGCUCCAUGUUAGAACUUUCCUGGAGAGGGUCUAAGCAGAUUGAUCUUGGAAAUGGUCACACUCGAACAUUCUUGAGAGAUGGAGACACUGCAAUCAUAAGAGGUUACUGCCAAGGAGAAGGUUAUCGAGUUGGAUUCGGGGAAUGUUCUGGAACAAUUCAACCAGCAGAAUAGAAGAUUGUGUCCUUAUUUCAUUAUAUUAGAUGUUUACAGUCUUCCUCUAAAUUCACAUAGACAACUGGAAAACGCUGGCAGCAUUCUGCAAACCAUAUGUGUUGAAUGAAUGAAUAAAUAGUUUUUUUUUCUAGUGGUAA